UGCUAGCUUGGCCGCAUGAACUGCUGCCAACUGGCGCCCUUACCCAUCACUCGGAAACAGAGAAACAGAAAGAUCCAUCGGGUACGCGCUCAUUGCCUAUCCAUUGGUUGCCAUCAGGAGACAACAGAGAGGAAUGGCGUUCUGGAUGUGUGUUUGUUGGCACAAAAAAGGCUGGGAUGCCCAUGAUAGUCGAGGCCAAUUCAGGGGCACACCAACCUCAAGUAUUUUUACAGACUUUGUUGACUUUGCUUUUUUUCUUAGCAAUCCGCUCUCCGGGCGCCUCACCCGGUAUCCAGUACGUUCCGAGAGUCGACGACUACCUAUGUCAUCUAUCUCAUCCAGUGAUGCCAAAUGGCAUACAGCCAGCACAAAAAGCGCGGCUGCACGCCGUGAUUGGCUUCCCCGCGUACCAUACAGUGCCAUCCCAAUGGCUCAUCGCGAUGUGAAGUCGUCCUAGUUUUGACCUAAACAUGCCCGAGCCACUUUUUCAAAACCACUCAGGCCCUCUCCUUCUCGCAGGAUUCUUUAGUCCAUUCAGGGACCGCUCGGGUGAUUGGAUUUGCUGUCACCUUACGAUAUAUACUUGCUGGCACAAAGCGCUUUAGCCGGCACCCCUCCUUUUUUGUAUCCUACCCUAAACCAACGGAUUCCUUAUCGGUCACACACAAAAAGACAGAAAAGGAACCAUCAGUCACCAUGUCCAAAGAGCCAAGAGAGUCAAGCAGGCAUCGUCAGCCGCAUACUAGAAGGGACUCGUUAACUUCCGUUCUCUCGUGGGCAGGGUUACAGCCAAGAUCCAGCCCUACCAAGACACCCUCCACCUCAUCUUCCGAGCCAGCACCCACCUCACCAUCCCACCAUGGCCUGUCAAGAGGCCGCAGGCACAGCUCCAGUGCCGAUGAUAAAAAGAAGGCACGUAGACGCUCAAUGGCUUUACGGAGAUUCUCCAUAUCAGUCCCCGGUGCUGCCGCUGUCGACGAAGACAGUCUCACCAAGGCCAAGCUUAAAAAGGCCCCUUCCUGGACGCUGGACAAUAAGGCAUCGGAAUCUUCUUCCAGGACGCCCACCAAGGCCGCAUCAACAGACGCCGUCAACAAGACAACAACAUCCGCACCAACCACCUCGGACCAAAACACACCAGAAGUCAAAGAAGAAGCCUCUAACGGGGACCAUUCCGAAGAAAAAGCUAGCAAGGAGAAGCUUCCAGGCCAACAACAACCGUUGCCUCCCCCACCAAAGCCCAAGUCAAUUCUCCGAGUCGCCAGUCCAGAUGGGCGGAAACCACCACCACGCAAGAUCCCUUGCUUUUCGACCACGCUUCCAGAGUAUGACCCCAGGAAGCCCACAGCAGACCAUGCCUGUCUCGUGCCUCUACCGGACUCCAGCAUGACUUCCAUUACCGGCUCGGUAUCCUCUUCAGGAUCAUCCAUCUGCAGGCCUGAGAGACACGGAACCGCCACCGUCCGAUUUGCCACGGCAACGGUACACAGAGUUGAAGUAGGACCUGGACGUCGGUUCCUACCGGUGAAGCGCAAGAGCAAGAGCACAGUCACCUACAUCUCCCGCUUUGACGACGAAAACUCUCUGAAGAAGAACCUCACCAGCCCGACGAAGCAGCGAAGGCAUCGAGCGAACCAAGCAGCAAUGGGGCGGUACUGGCAGAGAACGGAAGAAGAGGAAGCUCUAGAACGAGAAGAGGCGCGCAAGAGAGCAGAACAAGAAGCCGAACAGUACCGAGCCGAGCCCUCCAGUCACCCUGAUCCGGAUUUUAUCAGCAAAAGCGGCACAACCCCACCCAGCCCGGAACUAGCGGCGAUGGACGAUAAGCUCGAGGAGAUAUAUGUGGAUGACGAGAAGCCGGAAUCUGACAGCCCAAGGAAAGCGAGAAGAGAUGCCUCUCCGGCUUCAUACAGGUCUUCAAGCCUCCAUCUGGUGUUGCCUGCGCCUGAGCCUGACACAGGCUUCCCGUGUGACGAUCUGACCCUGGAAGAGGAGCUGGAAGCACAGCAAGACAAUUACAAGACAGAGCUGGCACACAUCGGUUUCAAGACUGAAGCAGCAGAAACCCGAGACUGGCCUUUGGCUGAACUUGAAUCUGAACCAGGUCACCAAGAAGUCCAGACAUUGCUCGAGAUCAAGACACCAAGGGGAAUCGUCUUGUCACCUAUCGCGGAAGAAUUUGCCAUUGACGACGAAGAGGAAGACAGCGAGAGCGGAUGUGAAAGCGAUCACAAGCCCAUGGAAACCACCGAGAUCAACACAAACUACCAGGAACCUGAGGAACACAUACCGACAAUGCCCCCAACACCUCCAAGACAGUCAACCGCCUUACUACUUUCAGUAGAACCCGAACCAACCACCGCCCACGAAGACUUCACGGAUGACACGGACGAUACCUCAUCUCCAAGCUUACUCACCCCAGAGUCCCAAGACCACCAAAGCCAAGAAAAAUGGUCCAGCCCCCGCCUCCGUUCCGCCAUCUCUUCCAAGCGCCACAACACCCAUACCUCUGCCCACCACCUUCACGGAAAGCAUCAUUCUCCCCCUUCGCCCCCCGCCUCUCCACCCUUAGCAGCCACUAAACCCGCAACACCUCCCAAGAAACAACACCACCACCCCUCACCCAAACUGCCGGCAUUCACCAUCCCUAUUUUCAUCCCGAAAAUCACCAUUGGCGAGAAGGAUGAUAAUCAUAAACGGUCUUCUUCGUCAUCGUGGGUACAUAGAAGAUCGUCGUCUUCGUCCACUUCGUCGACGUCGUCAGCAGCGUCUGAAAAAGAUAAGAGGAGUGGGUCUCCAACAGGAAGAAAGGGCAAUAAUAGUAGCGAUAGGGACUCGAGUCCUGGGAGAAGUGGGAAUCGGUUGCACUUAUCGGGGAGGAGGAGGAAAAGCAGUGGGAGUGGGAGUGGAAGUGGGAGUGGAAGUGGGAGUCAUCAUGGGCAUCAGGGGGUGCAUACCUCUAAGCAGUCUAUUGCUGUCUAACUACACACGACCAACCACUCCUGGGCUAUACUCAAAAGAGGAUAGAUAUCAGCAAUAACCUUGAACGUUGGUUCGGUUCACACAAAACAGAAAGAUGGACAUCUAGGUCGCUCACAUAUCUGUCAUGUCUUUUCAAAUUCUUUUUCUUUUCCUUAAAUUGUCAAAAACGAAAGAAUGUAAUGAGUAAUGGUUUUAACUGUUGAGCAUCGAACUGGCAUCAUGUCAUGGCAUGGAAUAGGUAGUAUCCAUCCAUACAUAACAUAGCAUAGAUAGAAGGCAGCAUUAAGGGACAAAACCAAGAAUGGUAAUUGAAUCCCACAACGCAAAUACCGAGCGGACACAACAUGGAAUUUUCAGA